CAUUCCACAUUUUCCAUUUAAAACGCAGCGACCUGCCCUAUAAAUAUCCGCCUCUGUCUCGUUUUCCUUUCUUCACAGGCAAUUCCCAUAACACGAAAUCAAUCCAAACACCACCACAGAAGAAAAAUAUACAGAAUUUUUCUGUAUUCAAAUGGGCGAGCAAAAGGAAGCUGCUAACAAUGACGGUGAGAAGAAGCCUGCAGCUGACGCUGGUGUGAAGAAAGACGACGGCGUUUUAACUGUCGUUUUAAAGAUGGAGUUGCAUUGUGAAGGCUGUGCGAAGAAAGUCAAACGUGUGAUAAAACAUUACGAAGGUGUUCAGUCGGUGAAGACAGACUGUGAUGCUAAUAAAAUCACGGUGGUCGGCAAUGUGAACCCGACGAAACUGAAGGAGAGAUUGGAAGAGAAAUCGAAGAAAAAAGUCGAGCUUAUUUCUCCUCAGCCGAAGAAAGAAGCGGGUGCCGGUGGCGGAGAUAAAAAAACGGAGGAGAAGAAGGCGGAGGAAAAGAAACCGGAGGAGAAGAAAGCUGAGGAAAAGAAACCACCAAAAGAGAGUUCCGUCGUUUUGAAGAUUAGGUUGCACUGUGAUGGUUGCAUCAGCAAAAUCAAGAAGGUUAUUAAAAAGAUCAACGGGGCUGAUGAUGUGAGUGUAGACAAUGGUAAAGAUCUAGUGAUGGUCAAGGGAAGUAUGGACGUUAAGGAGAUGGUGGCUUAUCUAAAAGAUAAACUCAGAAGAAACGUUGAGCUUGUUCCCAGCAAAAAGGAUGAUGGAGGUGAGAAGAAAGAUGCCAAAGCUGCCGGAGGAGGCAGCGAAGGCGAUAAGAAAGAGAAGGGAGCUGCCUCCACCCCGGCACCCGCCGCCGACAAAGGAGAAAAGAAGGAAAAGGAAGCUCCUGUUGCGGCUGCUGGUGGUGGCAGUGGAGGUGACGCUCCUAAGAUGGAGGUGAGCAAGAUGGAGUAUUUCGGUUACCCCUACCCCCCGCCGCCUACUUACUGGUACAGCGCGCCAGUAUACGGCAACCAGAGUUACCCCAUGGAGCAUCAGUAUCAACAAGUGGUUUACAUGAACGACGCUUACCACAACCCUCACUUGCACGCUCCGCAGAUGUUCAGUGAUGAGAAUCCGAACGCGUGCUCCAUCAUGUAAAUGAAACAAUACGUCAAUCAUGAAUAAAAGGGUGGAUAAGGUGCGCACGAGGUGAGCUGGUGGGACGAUGAUGUGUUUGGUGAAAUUUGUCUCAUUUAGUUAGUGGCAUGAUUUGUUGUUAUGGUGGGCAUUGGAUAUGUGGGUCAAAACGUGGUAGUUUUGAUUGUUGACAAGGUCAUGUUCGUGAAUCAAUAGAUAGUACAAUACAAACAGACUGGCCUAAGCAGGUACUUUGUAUUUCAGUACUAUCAUUGGCCCUGGUAACUUGAGUACAAAAAUUUCAUGAAUAAUUUAUUCUAUUCUAUGUGAUAGUGAAAGAACUUAACAGUGCCAAAAGGUUGAGUGGUUUGAAAAAUUCAUCUAUGAAAAUUUUACCUUAUAUU